AAGUCCAUCUAGCGGGGUAAGUGAAACCAGCAGGAGAUACUUUUUGGGUUUUGAGAAACUCACGUCAAUUUUAUGAAACGUCACAGGUUUUAGAAUGGGUGGAAGGGACUCAACCAAUAACAACUUUCCUGAACGACCAAUUUGGGCGAGUGGGAUCACAUUCAAGAUACUUUCCAGAUGAAUGGAGUGGUGAUCAAUGUCGUUUCACCCUACAGAAAUGCUCAAAGAAUACGGACGAGAAAAGAAMAGUUUUUGACGAGAUUUGUGCUCGAUACUCUCCAUCGUUUCGUUUUUUUUUUCUUGAGCGUUUUGGRAAUUGUAUGGAGUCAUGGCAUACUGCGAAGAUGAAUUUUACUCGGUCGGUCGCUGUCAAUAGUAUCGUGGGGCAUACGCUUGGAAUUGGCGACCGUCAUUUGGGAAACAUACUUAUUGAUCAAGCAACAGGGGAAGUUGUGCACAUCGAUUUCGGAUUCGUUUUCGAGCAAGGAAAGGUGAGAGUACAAGGGUUUCUGAAGGGGUUUUUUUUUCGCUUCUCACAUUUUAAAACUCUCUUUCUAUAGCUUCUACCGAUACCUGAGUGCAUCCCCUUUCGCUUGACCCGAAAUAUUGUGGAUGGAAUGGGCCCUUGUGGAGUCGAAGGGCUCUUUGUUAAUGUUGCCGAGCAAACUAUGCUAGUACUACGAAAGCAUGACCAAGAAUUGCUUGCAAUUUUGUCCGCAGUUGUUGCCGACCCCAUGUACAAAUGGAGUGUAAACUCUUCAACAGCUCGACGACGACAAGCUAUUGAGGAGAAAGCGGGCAUUCAUAGUACGGACGAGAGAGGCGACAAUUCAUUAGAUAUCCGGGAUUCACAGAGUAGUACAACUAAAACAAUGAACAAAAUAAAAGAAAAGCUGCAAGGGUAUGAAGAUUCGACAUCUGGUGAGCAGCAAGGUGUUGAAGGUCAAGUUCAAUUUUUAAUUAACUCUGCUCGUGAUCCAAAUAACCUGUGCAAUUUAUUCCCUGGUUGGGCUCCAUGGGAUUGAUCCGGAGUUGGUUCUGAAAAAUGAUACUGUGCAGAAUUCUUCAAUAAGUAACGACAAUUGUA